AUGGCUCCAGCAACCCAGAAGACCUACCUGUGUAAGCAGUGCUUCUCAGUUUUAAAACAUAUUUUGCACCUGACGGCAUCACAAGCAGCAUACUCUGAGCAGAAAGCCUUCUUCAGUGACACAUCUGUGAAAGACUUAUUUUUAAGUGCAAAAUGUCACCAGCAGCAAAGAGAUUCCAGUGGAGAGAAGCCCUGGAAAGAAGAUAUGGACAGGGUCUCGUUUGUGACCAGGUUCAGCUUCUAUUUAACACGGGUGCUUUCAACCAGUAGGGAGGUUGGCAAAGACUUGCCAGCCAUCUCAGAUAUUCUCCAACACCAGGCCACAGUUAGCACUGAGGAGCCACACAGUAGCAAUGACAUUUCCCAGGAAUGUCCCAGUGCAAAAAGACAUCACCAAUAUGUUGAAUGUGAAAAAACUGCCAACAGCAACCAGAAAGUUGUUCAAAAUCUGGAUGUCUCCUCUGCAGAAGUAAAUUAUGAGUGUAACAAAUGUGGGAAAUGUUUCACACGAAACUUUAACCUCAUUCAGCACCAGAGAGUGCACACUGGAGAAAAGCUGUAUGAGUGUAGUGAUUGUGGGAAGUCCUUCAGUUGGAGGUCUAAACUCAAUCAACACCAGAGAGUUCACACUGGAGAAAAGCCCUAUGAGUGUAGUGAUUGUGGGAAGUCCUUCAGUCAAAUUUCUACACUCAGUCAACACCAGCGAGUUCACACAGGUGAAAAGCCCUAUGAAUGUCGUGAUUGUGGGAACACGUUCAGUCAAAUUUCUACACUCAUUCAGCACCAGCGAGUUCACACUGGAGAAAAGCCCUAUGAGUGUAGUGAUUGUGGGAAGUCCUUCAGUUGUAGGUCUAAACUCAAUCAACACCAGAGAGUUCACACUGGAGAAAAGCCUUAUGAGUGUAGUGAUUGUGGGAGGUCCUUCAGUCGGAGGUUUACACUCAAUCGACACCAGCGAGUUCACACUGGAGAAAAGCCCUAUGAGUGUAGUGAUUGUGGGAAGUCCUUCAGUCAAAUUUCUACACUCAGUCAACACCAGCGAGUUCACACAGGUGAAAAGCCCUAUGAGUGUAGUAAUUGUGGGAAGUCCUUCAGUCAUAGAUCUACCCUCAUUAAACACCACAGGGUUCACACUGGAGACAAACCCUAUGACUGUAGUAACUGUGGGAAGUUAUUCCGUCAUAGAUCUACCCUCACUACACACCGCAGAAUCCACACUCUAGAAAAUCCCUAG